UAAGCUUGAAUUAGGUACGUACACAUGUCAGUGUUAAACUUUUUAAAGAAGAUAAGAGACCGUUUUAAUACCUUAUACUUAGGGUUUAAGUGAUUAAUUUUUUUAACAUUUACUCAGGUACAUAAGGAUACUGAAUAGGCUAUGCAUAUAGGAGAAAUACAAGAUGUCUAACAAGUGUAUUGUGCUCGACGUUUAUAUCCUGUUUGUCUUAGUGUUCAUCCACGGUGUCAAUUGCCACAGCAUGGACGAUGCAAAAAGGCUACUUGCAGAUAAGAAACAAAAUUACGAAAAGAAUUUCAGACCUGUGGCAAACCAAUCCCAACCACUUCAGUUAUAUAUUGGCUUUGAACUUGUUACAAUUCAAGAAUUCGAUGAAGUAAAAGAGCAACUAACUAUCGCUGGAAUUGUUACCGUUUACUGGGUUGAUGAAUAUAUGACAUGGGAUCCCAAAGACUAUGGCGAUCUUGAUCAGUUAGUUGUCGAAAGUGACAAUGUUUGGACACCGAAUUUAGUUUUAGUGAACAACGUUAACAAACUCGAGAAGAUAGGCGACUCAUGGCAGCUUAUUCGCUUUUUACCAAACGGUUUGGCUCAUUAUUACCCAGGAGACGUUUUCUCUGCAUCCUGUCGGGUUGAUGUAACUUAUUAUCCAUUAGACAGACACAAAUGUAAUUUUGCGUUCUCACCAUGGGCUCAGUUCAAAACUGAAAUUAAUAUAUCUCCUAUUGGUGAUAAAGUACAAACAAGUUAUUUUUCGGAAAAUGGGGCAUGGACAUUUUAUAAUUCGAGCAUUUCGUACAGCCCAGAGGCUAGUUAUAUUGACUUUAACUUAUACCUAGAAAGAAAACCUCGAUUUGUUAUAGUAAACGUCAUUCUCCCAGUGAUUUUCAUGGCUUUUUUGAAUACAAUGAUUUUUGCUAUUCCAGUAGAAAGUGGUGAAAGAAUUUCUUACAGUAUCACAGUUCUUUUGGCGGUUGCUGUUUUCCUUACGCUUGUGGGUGACAACCUCCCUAAAACAUCGAGCCCAAUGUCUAUUUUUAGUUACUAUGUAUUAAUAAUUUUGAUAACAAGCAUAGGCAUCACUCUGGUAACGAUACUUAAUGUGCGUGUGUAUUACAAAAAUGAAAAAGACCCUGUCCCAGAAUUGAUUGCCAGUUUCGUAAGACGCUUGGGAUGUAACUGUAAAAACAAGGAUAACAAACGAAAACGUAUCCCAUCUAAAUCCAAAACAGAACGCAGGCAAACAAAGAGAGGACAAGGUAGUGCACAACUAUAUACGGAUGUAGAAACAUACAUUAAUAAAACAGACAUAUCGAGACACUACAAUUAUUAUGUACCUAGGGAGAACGUUCGCCGCCCAAUACUAAAUGGUAGAGCUCCAUAUCAGAUCAGUUCAUUUUCAGACACUGUUGAGAGCGAAAGGUCAAAUGAAGAUAAAAAAGAAAAUGUUGUUGUUAAUGAUUCACUUGUUUCAUGGAAGGAUGUCAGCACAGCAUUAGAUAAAUUAUUUUUCAUUCUGUCUUUUAUCAUAAUACUGACAACAACAGUUAUAUUCUUUGUGUAUAUAUACACUUCUGGCAAAUCAGAUAACUUUAAUUAAAUUAAAGGGUUUACACUUAGGUUGUUUUAACAUGACGGGACUGGGAAUAUUUUUCCGUAUUUUGUGUACCAUUCAUUUGAGGUAGGUCUCAAUCAAUAACUAGUAUUCAUAUUUUAAAAUCAUUCUUUCAUUGCUUUUCCAAGAAUAAUCUUUUUUUGUACAAAACGACUAAACAAUAAAAUGCGUUACAACGCUUUUCUCUCAAAUCGGACCAAAUAUCGCAAAAAAAUCGAUAUACAAUCUCAUUCUGAUUUUAUUCUUUUAUUAUAUAUUGUAGAUUUGUAUUCCCAUUUUAGGUUCUUCACUUGAUUUAUGAUUUAUAAAAUAAUAAUACAGACAGUUUACGUGAAUAUAAAAUGCAUAUAUAUGUACAUGUUUAUUCGAUAUAAUAGAGGAUACUUAUUAUCUUUCAGUGUCAACAUUAUUAUAUGCAAUAUCACAAGCAAUGGUUUUGAUACUUUGUUUAUUCGUCCUUUACAAGUUGCCAUUUGUAAGCCUCUGCAAGUCAUUAUUACCUUUACAAAAGACGAUAGACAAACUUCAAAUGUUUCGUAUCGUAAUAGGUUUGAAGAUAGCCAGGUCAACCUCGUAUAUAACAUAUAGAAAUGUAUAAAAUGUGGCAUGCGAAAAUCGGUGUCUAAUACAUGUACAAAAAACUGAUAUAAUUAUUAAUAUGACUUUUUAUUGGGUUUUGAACAUUAACACAAAAGAGGUCAUGUGUCAUCUCACCAGCUGUACUGGUGAAGGAGGACCUCGUGAUAGUGCUCUUUUGAUCUUAUUCUCAGGCACGAGCGGGCAACAGGGUAGAACCACCAUCGAUCUGUUUGCAAGACGGAUAACAUCCCCACAUGAACGGACCAAAAGUCGCUGACGGGUUUCGAACCUACAUUGGUGACAAGCUGUUUGAAGUCAACGACAUUAACC